GAGGUAGAGGAAGAGGGAGAGGAGCAGCAGCAGCAAGGACAGUUGUAUCUGAUGAAAUCAGAGCAACUGUCAUCGACCAUGUAAUCAAUCAUGGUCUGUCCAUGAGGGAAGCUGGUCUGAGGGUUCAGCCGAACUUGCCAAGAUCAACGGUGGCAUCAAUCGUGAGGGUUUUCACACAAACUAACAGGUACUAUACAGUAUUUACAGCAUUCUGACUGAUGUGUUUGUAACAGUAGUAAUGUGAUGUGAGAAGUCUCCAAAACUCUCCUGACGUAUCAGUGCAUUUGUGUCUGACUCACUAUUGUAGGACCCAACGGUUGCCCCACUCAGGUGGAAGGGGAAGAAAAUUCACUUUGCCACAAGAAAAUGCAAUAGUUCAAAUGGUUAUUGCUAACAAUAGUAUAAGGCUAAGAGAAAUUUUUGCAAACAUCAUCGCAGACAUUGGUGUAUUUGCCAACAUUGAGAAUGUUGGCACCACGACCAUCGCCAGAGUGCUGAAAAAGCACCAAAUUCGAAUGAAGCAGCUUUACACUGUCCCCUUCGAGAGGAACUCUGAGCGGAUAAAGGAACUCCGGUACCAAUACGUCCAGAGAGCCAUGGAACUUGAAGCCAGUGAGAAUGAACAUGCGUUCAUCUUUGUGGAUGAGGCUGGCUUCAACCUGGCAAAAACACGUCGCCGUGGAAGGAACCUGAUUGGGAAAAGGGCCACGAUAGAUGUUCCAGGCCAGAGGGGUGCGAACAUCACCAUGUGCGCAGCAAUUUCGAACGAUGGACUGCAGCUGCAGAAGGCCGGCAUAGGCCCAUACAACACCGAACGCCUAAUUGCCUUCAUAGAUGAGCUUUACGAAAGGCUCACAGCAAGAGAGGUAGACAGGCAGAAUCUACCAACGUAUGUAAUUGUAUGGGACAAUGUGGCCUUUCACCACUCCCGGCAAGUCACAGGGUGGUUUGCGGCGCAUCCUAGGAUGAUGUCACUUUUCCUUCCGCCUUACUCUCCUUUCCUCAACCCCAUCGAGGAAUUAUUUUCGGCGUGGAGAUGGAAGGUCUAUGACCACCGCCCUCAGGACCAGAUGUCCCUAUUAGAGGCAAUGGCUGCUGGGUGUAUGGACAUAGCCCCAGAAGAUAUCCAGGCCUGGAUAAGGCAUUCCAAAAGAUUUUAUCCACGUUGUAUGGCAAGAGAAACCAUACGUUGCGACGUAGAUGAAAAUUUGUGGCCAAAUGCGGAGGAUAGGAGGGAUUAGCCCAAUUCUGCGCCACUGUUGGGCUACUGUAAUAUACAGUAUGUGCAGGUUUUGUGCAUUGCAUUUUUUGUUAGAACACAUUUUUUGACUUUGUAAUGUAUUUUCUGUUUUGUGUAACACUUGCACUGUGACAAAAUCUCCAAAAAGUAAAGCACAGUGAAAAAAACUGUUGUGUUUGUGAUUUGUUUCUGGAUCAUAUAUUACGUACUUACUGUAUGUAAUUAUUACGUAAUACUGUAAUGCAUUACAAAAACUGAAAAUUGUUAUUCUCAGUUUCUCAUAAAACACUUACAGUAUUUACUGUAUUUACAAUUACAGUACAUUUACCACACUCAAUUGUGACAUCUUUUGUGGGAGGUAAACCGACAUAUGAACACUGUCAGCAGAUACUUGGCUUGGAUUGUCAUACUGUAAUAUUACAAACUUUAUUACUGUAGUCCAAAGAAGUGUUUGUCUGUGUUUUUUCUCUUUUUUUCAAUGCAACACUACAGGAAAUCUAUGCCAAACUGGAGGACACAGCAACAUUUUAUAUAUGCAAUUGGCAAUGCUUCAAGAUGUUAGUGUUUUUUAGGUCAUAGUGUUCUGAGAGGAAACAUGUGUUAAGUUAUGGCAGCAUUGUUUGUGGUGUGGUUGUUGUAGUGCAUUUUGCACCAAAGGUUAACAGAUAUGCAGAGGUGUGUGUCUCUAAAGCCCACUGUGUUAAGUGAUAGGGAAAAGUGACCAUAGUUUGGGUACAUGACCGAAAACGAUAGGAAAAAACUGUAAACCCUGGUGCGGAUCUGGACCAGGGGGGUGAAAUCAAGGAAUUAAUUGUGAGAUAUAGGGCAUAUUUCAAGACUUUCAUUAAAUUCUCAGUAAAUAAUUAAUGGAUCUUGAUGAGAAAAGCAGGUAUCUUUAGGGGACAGAUAUUUAUUAAUCUGUAAUUUGGUACAGAUCCAAACAGAAAUCUGGAUUUAGUAUAUUUAAAUCUGGUUUCACAAGGGGAUGUUGAGCCUUAGCAGAGGCAUGCACUCUGAGUGCCGUUCCAGUCUUGAUGCUGUAUGAGAAGCUGCUGGCUCAACAGUUUUGUAAUCAUAGGUCAUUAUAGGGUGGUUCUUCCUACCCCCUGAGAAGACAGCCAUUAUAGAGAGGGUGGAGAUGCAAUAUUCUUUGAAUAUGGGAAAAACAUUGCACAUGUUCAGGCUUUUAUGGUAAUGACCUCAGUUGAUUACAUGUAAAGAAACAGAAAUGGUGGCAAUUGUUGCCCCCCCAAUCAAUUGUGGAACAGCUAUCUGAACCUCCAAACACCCAAAAUAUAAAGCAGCUUUAGAAGGAGGGAAGAAUCAGCACCUUAUUGUUCAUCUUAGACGACGAUGUGGGGGACAUGGAGGGUCACUUUAUAGAGUGACUGCAUCAUUUGAAGAAGGUCAUCUGUUGAAACCAUGAUCCGGGCUUUGGUAGGUUUGUAGGGUGAAUGUAGGAUGAAAGACAGGUGUUCUUGCUAUGUUUUGAUAUGUCCAUGCACCGUUGAACUGAAUUCCUUUAAAGGUAUUCAUUCAUUUGAUUUCACAUUUACAGCGGGUGUCAUUUAUUUUUACUCAGGGGUCACAAUUAUUUUGUUUAAUAAAACAUUACUACUUUAUCUUUGGAUAACCUCUUGCUGAAUUUAUGAGCCUUAGUCUAUUUGGUACUUCCCUGGCUGUGGUUUUGCUAGCUCAGUCGAUCCAGGCUUUUAAUGUCCAGAAUGAGGUUGCUGACUGUUGGUCACUGGGGAGCACAAAAACAAUGAGGGGAAGUACCUGAAAUGUCCGCUACGGCCCACAGACUGCACCAAACAACUUGGGUGUGUGUUUGUCUGCAGCAGUAUCACGAUGAGCCCCUGUACCUCUCUUUUAAAGUCGCUCAUCUAUGGAAAUAGGAGCAGCACACUCCUGUGAGCACUCUGUGGGAGGUUACACACACACACACACACACACACACACACACACACUCACAUACACACACACAAAC